UGGUAACUCUAUUUCAACUUCCUGUCAAUGGCGACAGUUGGUGGAGUUGUUGAAAGCCUAAGUUAAACCAUGUCUGUUCAGUCUUUGGUCAGCAGGAGAAAGAAGACCUUCAUAGGUCUUCCAGCUCCACUAGGUUAUGUUCCUGGUCUUGGAAGAGGAGCCACAGGCUUCACCACACGGUCAGAUAUUGGACCUGCCAGAGAUGCUGAUGAUAUACCGGAAGAUCGUCAUGCACCACCAAACAAGAAAGCAAAACAGAAAGAAGAGGAAGAUGAUGAAGAUUUGAAUGAUGCAAACUAUGACGAGUUUUCUGGCUACGGUGGCAGCCUUUGCAGCAAGGAUCCCUAUGACAAAGAUGAUGAGGAAGCAGAUGCUAUCUAUGAGGCCAUUGAUAAACGAAUGGAUGAGAAACGCAAGGAACGACGUGAAGAAAAGCUGAAAAGGGAUAUCGAAAAGUUCCGUCAGGAACGCCCCAAAAUCCAACAGCAGUUCUCAGAUUUAAAGCGAGACCUGGCCAGCGUCAGUGUUGAUGAUUGGAACAAUCUCCCAGAAGUUGGAGAUGCUCGUAAUCGCAAACAACGUGUUGGCCGUGCAGAAAAGUUCACUCCAGUCCCAGAUAGUGUGCUAGCACGUGCUGCUGCAUCUGGCAGUGUCAAUUCUGCUGUGUCAGAACAAGAGCAGAAAUUUGGAGGGUUAACUACGCCAUUUGGGUCAAUCACUCCUAUUGGUUCAGCUACACCUAUGGGAGAUAUCGAUAUGAAGAAAAUUGGACAGGCUAGAAACACGCUGAUGGACAUCAAACUUACACAGGUGUCAGAUUCAGUCAGUGGCCAGACCGUGGUUGACCCUAAGGGCUACCUCACUGACUUGCAAUCUAUGCUGCCCUCACAUGGGGGAGAUAUCAAUGAUGUUAAAAAAGCACGUCUACUACUGAAAUCUGUUCGUGAGACAAACCCUAAACAUCCUCCAGCCUGGAUUGCCUCAGCACGAUUAGAAGAGGUGACAGGAAAGCUGCAGGCAGCUCGUAAUCUGAUCAUGAAAGGGUGUGAGGAGUGUCCCAAGUCCGAGGACAUGUGGCUGGAGGCUGCUCGACUUAUGCCAGGGGACCAGGCUAAAGCAGUGGUUGCACAGGCUGUCAGGCAUUUGCCACAAUCUGUUCGUAUCUGGAUCAAAGCUGCAAACCUAGAAACAGAAAUCAAAGCACAGAAGCGAGUUUUUCACAAAGCUCUGGAGCAGAUACCAAACUCUGUCAGACUUUGGAAGGCUGCUGUAGAACUGGAGGAUGAGGAGGAUGCUCUUAUUAUGCUGAGUCGUGCUGUGGAGUGUUGUCCCACUAGCGUUGAGCUGUGGCUUGCCUUGGCUAGGCUUGAGAAUUAUGAGAACGCCCGCAAAGUUCUUAACAGGGCACGAGAGAACAUUCCUACUGAUAGGCAAAUUUGGAUUACUGCAGCAAAACUGGAAGAGGCACAUGGUAACAUUCCCAUGGUGGACAAAAUUAUUGACAGAGCUCUAACGUCACUGAGAAUGAACAUGGUGGAAAUCAAUCGUGAGCAGUGGAUCAAGGAUGCGGAGGACUGUGAGCGCAGUGGCAGCCUUCAUACUUGUCAGGCAAUCAUCCGAGCUGUCAUCAGCAUUGGGGUGGAAGAGGAAGACAAAAAGCACACAUGGAUGGCAGAUGCAGAUGCUUGCGCAGCACAUGGGGCAUAUGAGUGUGCCCGUGCUGUCUACGCCUAUGCCCUCACUGUUUUCCCCAGCAAGAAGAGCAUCUGGUUACGAGCAGCACACUUUGAAAAGAACCACGGUACAAGGGAGUCUCUUGAGUCCUUACUGCAGCGAGCAGUUGCUCAUUGUCCUAAAGCUGAGGUGCUGUGGCUGAUGGGUGCAAAGUCCAAAUGGUUGGCUGGUGAUGUUCCUGCAGCCCGAAGCAUCCUUGCACUUGCAUUCCAGGCUAAUCCAAACAGUGAGGAGAUCUGGCUGGCUGCCGUCAAGCUGGAAAGUGAGAACAAUGAGUUUGAGCGUGCGCGAAGACUAUUGCACAAAGCUCGUAAUUCUGCACCCACUGCAAGGGUUUUCAUGAAGUCAGUAAAGCUGGAAUGGUGCCUAGGCGAGGUGGACAAUGCCCUGAUGUUGCUAGAUGAAGCCGUCAAACAUUACCCAGACUUCCCGAAGUUGUCUAUGAUGCGUGGUCAGAUUGAGGAACAGCGUGGAAACCUGGAUACAGCACGGAAUGCUUACAAUCAGGGGCUGAAGAAGUGUCCUACAUCGUGGCCUUUGUGGCUACUUUUGAGUCGUCUUGAGGAGCGUGCUGGACAGCUGACACGAGCACGAUCAAUCCUUGAGAAAGCUCGUCUAAAAAACCCAAAGACACCAGAGUUGUGGAUGGAAGCUGUGCGUGUGGAGAAUCGAGCUGGUUUGAAAAACAUAGCUAUGACACUCAUGGCAAAAGCAUUACAGGAGUGCCCAAAUUCAGGUAUACUGUGGGCUGAAGCUAUCUUCAUGGAACCUAGACCACAGCGUAAGACAAAGUCAGUCGAUGCUCUUCGCAAGUGUGAGCAUGAUCCACAUGUUCUCUUGGCGGCAUCCAAACUCUUCUGGUCAGAACGAAAGCUUAGCAAAGCACGAGACUGGUUCAACCGCACAGUCAAGAUUGACCCUGACCUUGGUGAUGCCUGGGCAGCAUUUUACAAGUUUGAAACACUCCAUGGUGACCAAAAAAGUGCUGAUGACAUUGCUACACGAUGUGUGGCAGCAGAGCCUCACCAUGGGGAGCAUUGGUGCCGAGUGUCCAAGGCCAUCCCCAACUGGCGCCUCAAAACCCAGGAGAUUCUACCUCUUGUAGCUGCUGCCAUGUCUGUGCCCACAUAGUGAUUUCUUAGGAAGACACUGCAAACCAGCUUAUAAUGUUUGGACUCUUUUUUGUUUAGUUAAUGUCCAAAUUCUUUGUACUUUGCUCUUGUACUUUGAUGCACUUGGUACACAAAUCAGCCUUUGCUUGACUUAUGCUGCCUUAUAGAGAAGAGCAAAAAGCAAAACUUUUCUCUCUGUAGGUAGGAUAAGAACAAUAUCAUACUAAGUGUCCCAAAGCAGGAAAAUAAAGUCAAUCAGCAGAGGUUCGAACAUGAUACAGGGGUUAUCUUGUCUCUUUUAAAAAGGGAAUAACCAGAUAAACAGGGACAUUUUGUUGCCAGCCCCAAAGCUUUGAGAAAGUUGGACAUUUGCUUUUACACACUUUUAGGUAUUACACAGCAUAUGCUUGCUUUGUUAUUCAGAUGGGUGCAUUCAGAGAACUUGAUAAAAAUGUUGGAUGUUGAAGUUGAUGUAGACAAAUAAAACUUGAGUGUAUAGCAGCA